AUGGCGAGCACAGCCUUGAUUGGUAACGUCUCCUCGCCGGAAAGGUCGAGACGUGAUGUCAUCAUCCGGAAGCCAGUGAACAGCCCUACCAAGCUAGCAACACAAACGACCGCAACAGUCGAAGCAUGCAAGGUUGAUGACAGCCCAAGAAAUGAUACGCCUGUAUCGACUUGGGGGAGCAGUUUCAAUGCUUCGGGGGGAAUUCAAUACAAUAAUACAGGAAAUGGCAACCAAUUUCUUGGUAGCCAAUUUCACGGAGAUGUAAAUUUUGUUGGAGGGAAUGGAGACAGUGAGGAUCAGUCCCGAGAGAGGAGAAAAGCCCAGGUUCUAAAGCGCCUCGCAACUUCCCCAUAUCGUGGCCGGAAGGAUCGGAAUCCUUCUGCUGUCCAAGGAACCUGCGAAUGGUUCAUUUCUCAUCAUCUAUACCAUGAAUGGCUCGGCCAAGAAGCUUCAAAGAUCCUCUGGGUCUCUGCUGAUCCCGGCUGCGGCAAAUCAGUACUCGUCAAACAUCUUGUCGACUCUAUCAUUCAGACUACUGCUUCUAGGAGGGUCUGUUACUUCUUCUUUAAAGAUGAUUUCGCCGAUCAAAAGAGUCUCCUCAGCGCCUUGAGCAGCAUCCUUCAACAGCUCUUCAUGCUGGACACUGCGCUACUAUCGGACGAAAUCCUUUUACAGUUUGAUGCCAACGACCAAUGGUUAGCUGCGUCUUUUGUUGAACUAUGGCAAAUUCUUGUCAAGGUUGCCGACAGCAACCCCGAAACAGAAAUUGUUUGUCUCAUCGAUGCAGUUGACGAAUGCAAUGAGCAAGAGAGGAGUCAAUUCUUCAAAGCGCUCCGUGAACUUUGUGGCUCCAAGAAAAGCCUGAACCUAAAGUUUCUCAUCACGAGUCGACCUUAUCGAGAAAUCGGAAUGGGCUUCAAGCCGCUGGAGAACUUGAACUUGCCAGUCAUUCACCUAAGUGGCGAGAGCGAUUCCGAGAUGACAAAGAUUGUGAAAGAAAUAGAUAUUGCCAUAAGAGAAAGAGUCAGGACAAUCGCUGUCCAACAGUCACUCACAGAUGAAGAGCAACUCAUACUAGUCUCACGACUUUUGUCGGUCCGGAAUCGAACAUAUCUCUGGGCUCACCUUACAUUGGAUUUGAUCGAGCGGCAGCUUGACAUCAGUAAGGAGAAGAUUAUCAACAUCACAUCACAUCUCCCCCAAAACGUCAACGAAGCCUAUGAAAGGAUACUGUGCAAAACCUUUAGCAAAAAUAAGGCAACCAGAAUGUUACACCUCAUCAUCGCUGCAGAUCGCCCUUUUACAGUGGCAGAAAUGGUCGUUGCCCUCGAGCUUCAACAGCAUCACCGGUCUAUUGAUGAUAUCGAAAUAGAGCCUGAAGGCCGCUUCCGUGAGAAAAUUAGGGACAUCUGCGGGCUAGUUACAAUUAGUGAAUCACGGAUCUUCCUUCUUCAUCAGACCGUCAAGGAAUUUCUGAUUUCCAUGAAUCAUUCUGAACCUGCAAGCCCCAGCCGUCUAAGCUGGAAACACUCAAUACUCUCAAGCGACUCAAACAUGAUACUGACCAGUGUCUGUGUCUGGUGUCUCCUUUUGAACCACUCUAGGAAUGACCGGCAUACUCAAGUCCAGCCUCCCUCAACACAUACCAAGAAGAACGCGUUUUUCAGCUAUGCUGCUAAACACUGGGCGAAACAUUUUAAUCAGCUGUCCGCUCAUAAUCAGAAGAAGAUGGCAAGUGUGGCACUGGAGAUCUGCGAUGCCCGAAGUUCUUGCUUCUUGUCCUGGUUCCCAGUUUAUUGGAAAAGUCGACAUGCCCGGGUCGUUGCAGAUUUUACAACCUUGAUGGCGGCAUCUUAUUUUGGAAUUGAAGUAGUUGUGAAGCGAAUUCUAAAGACCGACUAUUCCCAGCUGAACAGAACGGACAGGACUUACUAUAGAUCAGCGUUAUCUUGGGCAGCGGGUAAUGGCCACGAUGGUGUUGUGGAACGUCUAAUCCGUGGCUUAUCGAUUGGCCCUCGGUCCUUGAGAAUCGUCCUUCGGCAAGGGGCCAAGAUCAACGAGUUGGAUUUGGAUAACCGAACGCCCCUUACUUAUGCUAUCUGGAACGGACACAUAUCGGUCGUUCGCCGCUUGGUCGAAGCUGGCGCGUGGGUUGAUAUUCCCGAUGUCUUGGGAGGAACACCGACAUCGUACGCAUUCACAACCCGAUAUUCUGAGAUAGGAAAUCUGGUCCUACGAAGAGAUUUUCUCAGCAACGCAGAGCACUAUCAGGGUGAGAAGCUUCUACUGUCCGCAUCAAAGUACGGUCAUAUUCAUGUAGUGAAAGUGCUUCUAGAAGCAAGGACAACAAAUCUCAAUCUCAAGGAUCGUGAAGGCUGGACUCCACUGAUGUGGGCUAUCAACUACAGACACAAUAGAAUCGUCAAACUUCUUCUGGAACACAAAGCAGAUGUCAAUACCAGAGACAAGACUGGGAUGACACCCCUUCACUUCGCUACCCCGAUACGGUCAAUUCGAAAUAGCAAAGCUCAUACUGCAAACCGGUUGCGCUGA